AUGGAAGUAACAUGUGAGAGUGGCUUUAUCAACAGUCAGCCGUCGAUGGCUGAAUUUAUGACUGCCCUGCCCCACAUCAACGAAACCUUCCACCGCGUCUCUUCGAUGCCGCCCUCGGUGCAACCUUCCCUUUGUCAACUGGAAGUCUCCCCCCAGCCCCCGAGCAGUCUGCACGUCAAUGCCUCCCCGAGCCCCCCCAGCAAGCACAAUUCUGGCUCCGGACUCAACUCUUCAGUGGCCGAGUACCCAUGGAUGAAAGAGAAGAAGACCUCCAGAAAGCAACACCAAGAGAAUAAUGAGAACGGUAUGCCUCGUCGCUUGCGGACGGCGUACACGAAUACGCAGCUGCUGGAGCUGGAGAAGGAAUUCCAUUUCAACAAAUAUCUGUGUCGGCCGAGACGCAUCGAGAUCGCAGCAUCCUUAGAUCUGACGGAACGGCAGGUCAAAGUGUGGUUCCAGAACCGGCGCAUGAAACACAAACGCCAGAGUCUCAUGAGCAAAAACGGCGAUGAAAAAGGCGAAAUGGAAGGGGGAGAGACCACGCGCACUGCCUCGUCCACCCCGACUGGCGCGGGCUCGACCCUGUCUGGAAACGAGGCAGACACCAACAAGACAGAUUCAGCUGAUGACCGAUCAGCUACCGAAACAUCUAGCUCUGUGGGUAGUCCUGAGAGACCUCCUCGGGGGGUGGCCAAGAAGCCGCGAGAAUGCUCUACCUCCGAUCGACCAGUGUCUGAUCGAUCACCAAGUUCAUCUGCUGCUGGAGUUGCGGCAAGUGACGGAAUUAGUGAGGCAUUAUCACCAUGUUCUACCUCAGAGCGCUUGCUGAACUUAGAUUCCGAGUUCCCCCAACAACAGAGUCGCCUGCACUCGCCGGGAUCUUCGCAAAUCAAUCCUGAAGGUCUGCCUGCCACAUCGAGGAAAGGCAGCCCUGUUGGGGGUGACCUAAAGUCACCCGAAAACUCACUUUCGUCCACACCUCCAACGGAACCCAUCCUCCAUAACCUCGGCAACCUGGGUACAGAUAGAUCUCAGUCUAUGAUAACCGGUGAAACAAAAAGUACGCGAUCUGUUUGCCCAGGUCUUACAAAUGGACACUUGACCACCACGAGUGGUCGCAGUGCUAGCCACAGAAAACUAACUCAGUCAUGUUCCAUGGACGCAAACAUCCCUUUUUGCAAUUCUCCGUGCAAUAUCAACUGUUCCCCGGUGGCAAGUAGCACUCAUUGUACCAGUCCGGGAGUUUAUCAGAUGAACACUCAACACUGCCCUCCACCUCAUAUGUCCCCUAGCUCAUCAUACCAUAGAACGAGGUCAUAUUCAUCAACAGUUCCUUAUUCUACUGAUCCAAAUGGAAUGAUAACUUACGGGCAAACCAAUCACAGAGGUUUGUCUCCAAGUGUCGGACAAGCAAAUUAUUGUUAUCGCACUCCUCCACCAACAACUCCAAAUCAACAACAAACUUAUCAACAUCCUUCUCCUCAGAGAAUGGAUAAUGAUUGGAUCACGCAACAGAACUCUUACGGAUCGCAAGUACAAUCUCCUAUGUACUAUGCUAAUGACAGGGCGUGCCAAUCGCAGCAUGCCUCAAUGUCGCAUAAUCAGACUUCUCAAAUGGGAACUGGAGUUCCUUUGGGAACGCAUACAAUGCAUACAACACCACAACAAAGAAAUUCUACGCAUCAUUCUCCAGUAUCACGCUCUCCAUAUCCGUAUACAGUUGAUUCAGUUCCACCUCAAAGCCAACAACACGAGUCCCACUCGCAUAGUGCAUACAUGCAUGACUAUAGGGGUGAAAUAAAUACCAGUUACAAUGUCAACAGAAACUACAAUAGUCUUCAUUCGAAUAAUGGGUACGAUUCUAGCGUAGGAUCCUCAGGGGAGCAGUAUGUUCCAAACAGUAUUAAUCCAGAUGGUUCAGUUUCAUACUGCUAUCCACAUCACAAUAAUACUAACAGUGGGUAUCGACCAGAUUCAUUUGAUGAAAAUGGUUCACAGACUAUAUAUUAUGACCUAAGCAACAGUACUGGCAGCAACAGCCGCGUACCAGAUUACAGUGCAACAGCUCCAAAACAAAAUUUCCCUCAAACGAGCAAUAUUUAUGAAGUGAACCAUACAGUAGGGGACACUGCCAACAUUCCUACUUACAAUCAAUCAACAGAGAACUAUAGGGGACAGUGUCCCGCAGAAAGUGAUGUAUCAUUCAACUAUUACGAUUCUUCUGAUAGUUUUCCAUCAAACAACAAUGCAGUGCCGAACAACAACUCCUGCGGGACUACCGACUUUAAUUUCCUUACCUUAGCUAGUGAAUUCUCAUCGCCAGAGUAUUACCAGUUAAGCUGACUUCACUGAGUGACACAUUUUGAUAGGUGCAAUGUGUUAUACUAUCAACGAGUUACGUUACACUAUGCAGCACCUAUUCACAAAGGAACUUAAAAACGAAAUCUAAUGACACCUUGUUUAAAGCUAAAUCUCAGGUUCUUAAACAGAGUUGUUCUAGUCAAACGAGAGAAUUCCGUAUGGGUGGGAAGCAGAUGCGUGAUAUCAAUAUGGGAAUUCCUUUCUGUGCAUUGUUUAAAAUUUUGAAUAAAAAAGAGGAAGUAAUUUUAAUGAGCUAGUAUUUAUUGAGAGCUUUCUGCUGAUUUACAUUUUAUGUACACAUUACAAUGUUGUCAUACGAGAAAUGAAAAACUUCUUGACACUAAAAUAUAAAUUAAUGAAAUCAGUGAUUAUAUUCGCUUCUACUCCUUUCCCAAUAAGUUUCAUCAUGAAAAAAAAUGUUUGCUCAUCACUGCUUAAAAAAUGGUCACCAAUCAUUGAUCAGCAGUUGAAUUAUUUAUUUAUCCAUAACUAACAGAGUUCGCGUAACUCAUCGUUGUAUCCUACAGAUAAUUUCAAAACUGUUCGACUCUGUUUUCACCACACCUGAGGUUUUCUAGCUUAUUUGUAAGUUAGAUUUUAAAAGAACUGUAAGUUUUUAACAGUGCAAUGAAAUUCGGUUUCUGAACACUAUAUCAUCGUGUAGAUAGUGUGUGUAACUGUAUAGAGACAUUUGUG